GGAUAUUACAUGACAAUUCACAGCCGAAAUCAAAGAAUAGGGGAUACCGCUCGUUUAAUUAGCAGACAACUUCCUGCCAGUAACCAUACCUGUCUGGAAUUUUGGUAUCAUAUGUAUGGUGUUGAUAUCGGCGCAUUGAGAAUCUUAAAGAAAACUGGUAAUGAAAACGUCACAGUCUGGUCGAGAAACGGUCAAAGUGGAAACAGAUGGCUUGAAGGAAAAGUGGAUCUUAAAAGUCAACAUGAAUUUCAGUUGAUUAUAGAGGCUAUUGUCGGCGGUUACGAUGGCAAUAUUGCUAUCGAUGACGUAAAAAUAAUGAAUGGAACUUGUGUUAUAUCAGAAUCAUGUAGAAAGCAGUUAUGUCAUAACAGAGGCCAUGCGUAUUGCUUGAACAAUAUYGGCUACUGCUACUGCCCUUAUGAUGCCAGAGGAAAACAUUGUGAGACCUACAUUUGCUCAUUUGAACAAGGUGUCUGCGGGAAUAAAUGGUACUCCGAUAGAACUGCUGACUUUUUCUGGUCUAGAAGAUCCUCAAAAGUUGGCUACUGCUUAUUAUUUAAUAAGGAUUCAAUAAGAAAGCUUGGCGAUACAGCCCGCUUUGUCAGCAGGCCUCUUCCUGCUACRAACAGUACAUGUCUUUCAUUUUGGUACCAAAUGUAUGGCCGUGACAUCGGCACCCUUAGAGUCAUUCUGAAAACGAAUGAGAAUGAUACCACUAUUUGGUCCAGAACUGGUGACUAUGGUGACAGAUGGUUCGAAUGUAAAACGACGAUCGUCAGCAAUAAGCGUUAUCAGAUUAUAUUUGAAGUGAUUGUUGGUCGAGGUUCACAUGGACAAAUUGCUAUCGAUAAUAUAUCAAUGAACAACAAGAAAUGCAAUAUUUCAGAAUCUUGUCGAAAUCAAUUAUUGGCGAAAUGUUUUAACGGUGGUAAUCCAUACUGUUUCAACAACAUUGGCUAUUGUUUCUGYCCUGAUGAUUCUAUUGGUCAGCAAUGUGAAAGGUACAGAUGUAACUUUAAUAAAGACUUGUGUGGUUCUUUCUGGAGUCAAGACAAGACCGAUACAUUURACUGGACAAGACAUAAAGGCCCAACACGUAUUCCUGCUACUGGUCCAUCAAAAGACCAUAUUAGUAAAGUCACUCCARAAACAUACAUUAAAGUCCAAACCAACUGUGGAUAUACUUCCUUUAACAARCAUAGUGGGCGCUUUACUUCGCCUAACUUCCCURRRAAGUAUAGUARUGGACUGAAUUGCUUUUGGUUACUAACGUCCAAUGAAAUGAUUACUAUUUCAUUCCAAACUUUUAAAACUGAAAGUUGCUGUGACAAGGUUUUCGUUUACGAUGGCGGAUCAAGCUCGUCCAAAUUACUUGGCAAAUUCAGUGGUAACAACAUUCCGCCAAAAUUAACCAGCUCAAAUUACCAGAUGUAUGUCARAUUUACUACCUCGUYCUAUGACCCUUACCUCUACCAGAUSUAUGUCAGAUUUACUUCAGAUAAAUCGAUAGCGUUUCAUGGAUUUUCCGCUAAUUAUGUGUCAGCAACCCAAGCUCCUAAACGAGCAACAACUGAACCACCAAGUAUGUGA